GUUGUCGAAAGAACGCGGAUUUCCUAAGUGAAUAAAUACAAGGCGUCACUUUCAAACAAUGCAAAGUUCAUACGAAUUGUGAUCAAAGGUCAUCAAACCUGUACCUAAAUGUCUCCGGCUCAUCCUUUUUGUUUCGAAAACCUCCAGAUCAAGGACUCCGCACUCGAGACGAGACACCGCACACCAGCAUGAAGCAGUUCUACAACACCAUGCCCAUGUCCUUCGAGCUGUCGCUGGACGACGUCAGCAGCCUGGAGCUGGGAGACUACGGGAUCAAUGAGACCGAGGGCAACGGCACCAUGGACUCGGGCCCCUUCACCUGCGACGGGGCCGCGGGCGAGGACGCCGGCCUGCGGCUGUUCCACACUGUGCUCCUGCCCCUGCUGUACGGCGCCGUGCUGCUGCUGGGGCUGCUGGGGAACGGGCUGCUGCUGGCCGUGCUGCUACGGCGGCGCCGGGGCCUGCGGGUCACCGAGGUCUACCUGCUGCACCUGGCGCUGGCCGACCUGCUGCUGCUGCUCACUCUGCCCUUCGCCAUGGCGCACGCCGGCCUGGGCUGGCUCUUCGGCGGCUUCCUGUGCCGGGCCGUGGGCGUGGCGCACCGCCUCAACUUCCUGUGCAGCAGCCUGCUGCUGGCCUGCAUCGGCUUCGACCGCUACCUGGCCAUCGUGCACGCCGUGCGCAGCCUGCAGAGCCGCCGCCUGCGCGCCGUGCACCUCACCUGCGCCUGCGUCUGGCUGCUGUGCCUGGCGCUGUCGCUGCCCAGCGCCGCCUUCCUGUCCGUGGAGCCCGCGCGGCCCAACGCCAGCCGGCAGGCCUGCGGCUUCCUCAGCCACGGCCUCCACGCCAACAACUGGCUGCUGACCAGCCGCCUGCUCACGCACCUGCUGUGCUUCUUCCUGCCGCUGGCCGUGAUGCUGUACUGCUACUCGGCGGUGGUGGCCACCCUGCGGCACAGCCAGCGCGGCCUGGAGAAGCAGGGCGCCAUCCGCCUGGCGCUGCUGAUCACGCUGGUCUUCUGCCUCUGCUGGCUGCCCUACAACGUGUCGGUGCUGCUGGAGACGCUGGGCGCGCUGGGCGUGCUGGAGCAGGACUGCGCGGGCCGCCGGCGGCUGAGCCAGGCCACGGGGGUGACCGAGAGCCUGGGCUACGCGCACUGCUGCCUCAACCCCCUGCUCUACGCCUUCCUGGGUGUGCGCUUCCGCCAGGACCUGCGCCGGCUGCUGGCCAGCUGGGGCUGCCCGCUGGGCCUCUGCUCCUGCCAGGACCCCCACGCCCGCGGCCGCGAGCGGGCCAGCAGGAUGUCCAUCUCCGAGGGCGGCCCGACCACCAGCAGCUCCCUGAUCUGAGCCCCCGCAGCGGACCCUCGGCUCUCUGGCCAGCUCGCGUCCGGAAGCAACUUCCCCACUCUCCGUCCGCAAACGACCCGAUUCGGA